AUGGAGAAACUCGCUCUCGCCCUCAUCAACGCAGCUCGGAAGCUUCGACCUUACUUCCAGUCACAUCAAGUAGUGGUUCUCACCAAUUAUCCUCUGAAGCAGAUAUUAAGGAGUCCCGAGACAUCCAGGCGAUUAGCAAAAUGGGCGAUAGAGCUAAGUGGAGCGGGUAUCGUCCUAACGAACCCAGGCGGAGACGAGUUCGAAUAUGCUCAACGAUUCGAAUCCAUAGCCUCAAACAACGUCGCUGAGUACGAAGCACUGAUAGCAGGAAUCCGCCUCGCCCUAGCAGCCGGAGCACGCAAGCUCCUAAUCCAAAGCGACUCUCAGAUCGUCGUUAACCAAGUACUCGGAGUUUACGAGGCCAAAGAAGACACCAUGGCCAAAUACUUAGCUCUCACACAUACUCUAUUAUCCAAGUUCGAGAGCUACGAAAUUAAACAAGUGCCCCGCUCCAAUAACGUCCACGCUGACAAAUUAGCUAGGCUUGGAAGUUCCAUGGCUAGCAUCGGAAGUCAGAAGGUGACGCUCCUCACCUCACCUCAGCCGGAGAUAACUUCACCCACUGAAAUACAGUACACCAAGGAGGAUGAACCAUGCUGGUUCACUCCAAUCCUGAAGUAUCUCAAGAAGGGAGAACUUCCAAUGGAUCCCACUGAAGCACGAAAGUUAAAAACGAGAGCCGUUCGCUUCGUCAUAGUGGGAGAAGAAUUGUACAAACGAGGGUUCUCAUUCCCCUAUCUCAAGUGCCUCGACCCGACCACAGCGGAUUACGUACUUAGAGAAGUACACGAAGGCAUCUGCGGCAAUCACUUGAGCGGGAGAACCUUAGCUCUCAAACUACUGAGGCAAGGCUACUAUUGGCCAACGAUGCAUGAAGACGCGAAGAAAUUAGUGGAAGAAUUGCCUAACGCACUAUGGGCUUAUCGCACAACCCCACGAGCAGCAACCGGAGAGUCGCCCUUCAAUCUAGCUUUCGGAACAGAGGUUAUCGCACCCGUCGAAAUCGGAGAACCAUCUUGGCGAAUCACCAACUAUGAUCCAGCAGCUAAUGAAGAAGCUAUGCGGGGAAGCCUCGACCUCGUAGAUGAGCUACGUGAGAUUGCAUACAUCCGACAACAGAUGUAUAAAUCACGCAUGGCCAAAGCCUAUAACUCAAAGGUCCGUCCUCGCUCCUUUCAAGUUGGAGAUUUAGUCCUCCGAAAAGACGAAGCCUCUCAUCCCAUUGGUAAGCUCGAUCCAAAGUGGGAAGGACCAUAUAAAGUCACAAAAGUGGUCAACACUGGAGCAUAUCGCCUAGAGAACAUUGACGGCCACCCUAUACCCAGAACAUGGAAUAUAGGGAACCUCAAACGGUUCUACGCUUAA